GCGGCGGCGGUGGGGUUGUUGCUGUGUCAGGAUUCCUCGGCGGCCUCCCGCCAUGGCGAGCGAGGGCGGCGCCUACCGGCUUCGCUGCUCCUUGGUGGGGCACGGGCAGGACGUGCGGGGCCUGACCCGCAGCCUCUUCCCAGAGGGCGGCUUCGUGUCUGUGUCCCGGGACCGAACUGCGCGGCUCUGGACUCCAGACGGUCCUAACAGGGGAUUUACUGAAAUGCACUGCAUGAAUGGCCACUCAAAUUUUGUAUCUUGUGUGUGCAUCAUUCCUCCAAGCGACCUCUAUCCUCGUGGGCUGAUUGCAACCGGUGGCAAUGAUCAUAAUAUUUGCAUUUUCACAGUUGACAGCCCAGCACCUCUUUACACCUUGAAGGGUCAUAAGAACACAGUUUGCAGCCUUUCAUCUGGGAAAUUUGGCACAUUAUUGAGUGGAUCAUGGGACACAACAGCCAAAGUUUGGUUGAAUGACAGAUGUAUGAUGACAUUGCAGGGUCACACAGCUGCGAUCUGGGCAGUGAAAAUACUUCCUGAACAAGGAUUAAUGUUGACUGGUUCAGCUGACAAAACCAUAAAACUGUGGAAGGCAGGCAGAUGUGAAAGAACAUUCACUGGACAUGAAGAUUGUGUGAGAGGUUUGGCUAUUCUCAGUGACACAGAAUUCCUUUCUUGUGCUAAUGAUGCUAGUGUCCGAAGAUGGCAGAUCUCUGGCGAGUGUCUGCAGGUGUACUAUGGACAUACAAAUUACAUAUACAGCAUCUCUGUCUUCCCUCACUGUAAAGAUUUUGUAACUACUGGAGAGGAUAGAUCUCUUAGAAUCUGGAAACAAGGGGAAUGUGCUCAAACAAUCAGACUCCCAGCUCAGUCUGUAUGGUGCUGCUGUGUUUUAGACAAUGGUGACAUCGUAGUUGGUGCAAGCGAUGGAAUUAUAAGAGUGUUUACAGAGUCUUUGGAACGUAUAGCAAGUGCUGAGGAGAUUCAGGCUUUUGAAAAUGAGCUUUCCCAAUCAACCAUUGAUCCUAAAACUGGUGAUUUAGGGGAUAUUAAUGCUGAAGACCUUCCUGGAAGAGAACAUCUUAAGGAUCCUGGAACAAGAGAUGGACAGACGCGGCUUAUUAAAGAUGAUGGCAAAGUAGAAGCCUAUCAGUGGAGUGUUAGUGAAGGAAGAUGGAUAAAGAUUGGUGAUGUUGUUGGUUCUUCUGGAGCUACACAACAAACAUCUGGAAAGGUUUUAUUUGAAGGAAAGGAGUAUGACUAUGUUUUCACUAUUGAUGUAAAUGAAAAUGGACCUUCCUACAAACUGCCCUAUAAUAUCACUGAUGAUCCUUGGCUGACUGCAUACAACUUCCUGCAAAAGAAUGAUCUCAAUCCCAUGUUUCUGGAUCAAGUGGCCAAGUUUAUUAUGGACAAUACUAAAGGGCAAACACUGCUGAGUACGAGUUCUCAGUUUUCAGACCCAUUUACAGGUGCUGGACGUUAUGUUCCAGGCUCUUCAUCUGGAUCAAGUACCAUGCCUGCAGCAGAUCCAUUUACAGGUGCUGGUCGCUAUGUUCCUGGUUCAGCAUCAAAUGCAGUGACUCCAGUGGGUGGUGUUGAUCCAUAUACAGGAAUGGGUGCCUACCAGUCAGCUGCAGCUAAAGCUGAAAAUAUUUAUUUUCCAAAGAAGGAUGCUGUGACCUUUGACCAGGCCAAUCCUAUGCAGAUACUGGGCAAGUUAAAGGAACUUAAUGGCAGUGCAACUGAAGAACACAAACUUACAGAAGAUGACUUGGUAAUCUUAGAAAAGUUACUAUCAGCAACAUGCAACACCUCUGCAGAAACGCCUACAGCACAGCAAAUUCAAACUUUGUGGAGAGCCAUUCACUGGCCAGAAGAUAUUGUCUUUCCAGCCCUAGACAUUCUUAGGUUAUCUGUCAGGCAUCCCACUGUGAAUGAGAACUUCUGCAGUGAAAAGGAUCAUGUACAAUUUAUCGUGCACCUUCUUAAAUUUCUGAACCCUAAAGGCAAGCAAGCAAACCAGCUGUUGGCACUUAGAGCUCUUUGCAAUUGUUUUGUGAGCCAGGCAGGCCAGAAGCUCAUGAUGGAACAGAGGGAUGAAAUAAUGACACAAGCAAUAGAAAUGAGAUCAAGCAGUAAUAAGAACGUCCACAUUGCACUUGCCACGCUGACGCUGAACUAUGCUGUAUGUUUACAUAAAGACAACAACAUUGAGGGCAAAGCUCAAUGUUUAUCAGUAAUCAGCACAAUUAUGGAAGUUGUUCAAGAUCUUGAGGCUGUUUUUAGACUGCUUGUGGCUCUUGGGACAUUAAUCAGUGAUGAUACAAAUGCUGUGCAAUUAGCUAAGUCUCUUGGAGUCGACUCUCAAAUAAAAAAGUAUGCCUCUGUGUCAGAACCAGCUAAAGUAAAGGAAUGCUGUAGGUUUGUUCUUAAUCUGCUAUAACUGUUUGGUUUUUUAGCACUAGCUAGACAGUGUAUUGCAGGAAUAGUAAAAAAGAUGCUUUAUUCUUAUUUUAUGACAGACUAUCAUUGAGAAAAUAUUGGGGAUGAAUUACACUUGAUUUGUUGCAAGACAUAAAUAAAACUUUUUACACUGUU